CGCCCAUUUACGCGUUCAACAUCACGACCCCGCUUUGAAUACCACUUCUCACCUCUCCUUUUCCUCGCACCAGCUUCUUCGCUUUCUCUAGUACUUGGAACUUCCCCAGUGCGGGGUCCUCUAUCAGCAUGGCGAUGCAACUCGACAUGUCGAACGCCCAGGUCAUGAAGGAUGAGUCGGGACGGCCGUUUAUCAUUGUGAGAGAUCAGGGCAAGAAGAAGAGGCAGCACGGCAACGACGCCGUCAAGUCACAUAUCUUGGCCGCGAGGACCGUGGCAAACAUCGUCAAGACAUCUUUGGGUCCGCGAGGACUGGACAAGAUCCUGAUCUCCCCCGAUGGCGACAUCACAGUGACAAACGACGGCGCCACCAUCCUCUCACAGAUGGAAAUAUCGAACCACGUUGCGAAACUCCUUGUCGAGCUCUCCAAGUCCCAAGACGACGAAAUCGGCGACGGCACCACGGGCGUUGUUGUGCUCGCCGGAGCACUCCUCGAACAAGCCGCGGACCUCAUCGACAAGGGCAUUCAUCCCAUAAGGAUAGCAGAUGGAUAUGAUGAGGCCUGCGAGGUGGCCGUUGCGAGGCUAGAUGAGAUCAGUGACGAGAUCAAGUUCUCUCCCGGAAACACGCAGGAGCUGUUCAGGGUGGCCAAGACGAGUUUGGGAAGCAAGAUUGUGUCCAAGGCCCACGACCAUUUCGCCACCAUCGCCGUAGAUGCCGUUCUGUCCGUUGCAGACCUCGCCCGCAAGGAUGUCGACUUCGAACUCAUCAAGGUCGAUGGCAAGGUGGGUGGCUCAUUAGAGGAUACCCUCUUGGUGAAGGGUGUCAUAAUAGACAAGGACUUUUCCCACCCCCAGAUGCCCUCCGAGGUCAAGGAUGCAAAGCUCGCCAUCCUCACCUGCGCCUUCGAGCCUCCUAAGCCAAAGACAAAGCACAAGCUAGACAUCACCUCGGUCGAGGAAUUCAAGAAGCUGCAAAAUUACGAACAAAACAAAUUUACCGAGAUGAUUGAGCAGAUCAAAGAUACUGGAGCAAAUAUUGUAAUAUGUCAGUGGGGUUUCGAUGACGAGGCCAACCAUCUCCUCCUUACAAAUCAACUCCCAGCCGUGCGGUGGGUCGGAGGCCCCGAGAUUGAGCUUAUUGCUAUCGCAACGAACGGACGCAUAGUGCCACGAUUCGAGGAUCUGAGUGCAGACAAGUUGGGCACAGCUGGAAUCGUUCGAGAGAUGAGCUUUGGCACAACUCGAGAUAAGAUGCUGGUCAUUGAAGAGUGCGCAAACACUCGGGCGGUAACUGUCUUUGUCCGAGGAAGCAACAAAAUGAUAAUUGAUGAGGCGAAACGAUCAUUACAUGAUGCACUCUGUGUUGUCCGGAACCUCGUUAAAGACAAUCGAAUUGUUUACGGGGGUGGAGCUGCAGAAAUCGCAUGUUCGCUUGCUGUGGAAGACGCGGCCGUCAAGAGUCCCGGUCUGGAACAGUACGCAAUGCGUGCUUUUGCUGACGCUCUCGACUGUGUCCCAAUGGCUCUCGCUGAAAAUUCAGGUCUUAGCCCCAUCGAAACUCUAGCCAACAUCAAGUCGCGUCAAGCCAAAGAAAAGAACUCGAGAUUAGGCGUUGACUGUAUGCAAACGGGCAGUAACGACAUGAAGGAGCAUUUCGUUAUCGACCCGUUAAUCUCCAAGAGACAGCAAUUGUUACUAGCAACACAGCUUUGUAGAAUGGUGUUGAAGGUCAACAACGUCAUCAUCGCCGGCAGCGACGAAAACGAGUUCUAAACACCCGGCUCGCUGGGAGUGGUGGCACAGCGUCGCGUCCGAACUCUUCAUCGAUGUAAUUAGCGGCACCGGAAAUCUGCUUUGCCCACGCAGCUUUUCAGUUCAAUGCUUGCCCGGUCCGAGUUAGUGCAUGCGAACUGGGCACCGAUGCGUCAGAGAUGGGUAAGACAUUUCGGCGUGGAGGUGGAUAGAUAGCUUGCAUCGUCGGAAUUCGAAGGCCGGCUGUUGUGCUAUUUCUAAGAUACCAAUAGACCGGAGAGACAAUAAAAAAAAAGACUUUGCAAUGAGAUAAGAGAAUGGGUUUGGUAUUAUGCACGCAGUCUAAACAAUUGAAAGUAUCAAAACGUUGCGCUGCGCCGGAGUCUGGAACUUCCU